AUGGCCAACGGAGACAUGAACUCCAGCCCACUUCCCACCAUAUCAUCCUCAAUCGAGAGAGAAAUUGAAGUCACGCCAGUGGUAGACCUCGGCCCAUCUGUGUUCGCGAACAAAUAUCCUCUCUGGCACCCGAAGGGUACACGAGGGAUAUUCGGCGGUAUCACUAUUGCACAAAGCCUCAGCGCAGCUCAGGAAACCGUGAAAGGAGAUUUCGAUGUUCACUCAAUGCAUUGCACAUUUGUCUUUGCGGGAACCGCACUUACAACUAUUCAUUAUCACGUUGAGAUAGUGCGAGAUGGGCGGACAUUCUGUACGCGAGCUGUCAGGGCAAUCCAAGGCAAUCGCACAAUAUUCCUCGCAACAAUUAGCUUUGCUCGAUUACCACCGGAGUCAACUAAGAAACUCCGCCACGCAGAAUGCAACCCACCCACAGUGCCAGUGCCGGAUGAUAUUGGUAUCGAGUCCAAUAGACGUGAAGAAACAACGGAACUCCCUUACAUCAAUCAGAGCGUUGGAAUGCUCAAUUCCAACUCUCUUGAUCCAUGUGGUAAGCGAAUGCAUCAGUGGAUCAAAACACGUGGGAAAAUUUCACCCCAAGGUGGCCCCCGAGCGCAUCUCGCAGCAUUGGCAUUCAUGUCAGAUAGUUACUUCCUGGCAGCACUACCGCAUGCUCAUGAUGUAUGGGAGUUUGUCAAUCCUCCAAUUACCGAAUUUUAUGACUCUGAGGACCAGCUCGGAAUGUCAUCUCCUGUCCACACCAAAAUACCCAGGCCGCAUGUACAAGGAGGCGGGAGUGUUUCUAGUCAGUCCCGCAGAGUUGGCAUGAUGGUCAGCCUGGAUCAUACCAUCUAUUUCCAUCAAGUUAAGCGAUUGAAGGCAGAUGAAUGGCUUUUGACUGAAGUAAAGACCGACUGGGCUGACAAUGACCGUGGAGUGGUGUUACAAAAAAUAUGGGCCCGAGAUGGUACACUACUUGCGAGCUGUACUCAAGAGGGUGUUCUGCGACUUGAGGAGCGUCAGGAUGGUGUUGAAAGUUCCAAACUAAACCCCCGACUCUGA